GACAGAGUGUACGCAGCACCGGGAGGCAUAGACACCGUGUUUCGGCGGACUGGAAAAGGACCGGGGAUCUCGGGCAUCAGCAGAGACAGACAAAAAGGUGGAGUUCUCAUUCACUGGAAACGAAGCAGCGGGGUGCAAGAAGCUGGUUGAGGAGAGCCGCCAGAAUCCCUCCGUCUGCUGAAGAGCAAGCACGUUUCAGCUAAGGGACCCGGCACGACCCUGCACAUCUCUGCUGUCCAAAUCCUGCCAGGCCUGUGCCCUGCUGAGCAUUAGGAGGCAUUCUCAUCAAAUCUAUGGCAGAAGGUAUGACCUGAAUAGAUUACUUUGAAAACACGUUUGAUAACCUUCCAUUGUAAUUUAGCUUCUGCUGAUCUGUCAAAAGAAACCUGGAAUGAAAACACAUUUCGAGUUGAGCGCUAUCCGCCAUUCAAGAAACCAGCAAAAGUAUUUCACAAUGGAUGUUGAUGAUGAAGAGAAUCUGAGUUCAAGCAGCGCCGAUGUUAAGGAAAAUCGCAUGGAUGGAGCUUCAGCAAAAGAAGGAAGUGGCCAAGCCACCGGGGAUGGGGCUCAGCUUUCCAAUGGGAGUGAGGGAAGCAACAGCAGAAAACGGCCUUUAGAAGAAGGCAACAAUGGCCAUUCCAAGUUCCGUCCUAAGAAGAGGAAGAAAAUUCCAGGCCCUGUGUUGCCAAAAAAUGCUCUAAUGCAACUGAAUGAAAUUAAGCCUGGCUUACAGUACAAACUUAUUUCUCAGACAGGACCUGUCCAUGCACCUGUCUUUAUUAUGACUGUUGAAGUAAAUGGGCAAGUUUUUGAAGGUUCAGGACCUACUAAGAAGAAGGCUAAACUUAAUGCUGCCGAGAAGGCUUUAAGGUCAUUUGUGCAAUUCCCAAAUGCAUCAGAAGCUCAUCUAGCAAUGGGCAGAACUCUGUCUGUUAAUACUGAUUUUACCUCUGACCAAGCGGACUUUCCAGAUACUCUGUUUAAUGGAUUUGAAAAACCAGAACAGUCCGAGCAUGUUUUUUUCUUGGGCUCUAAUGGAAAUGAAUCCUUUAAUUCUGCAAAUGACUAUAGCUUAUCGAUGAUUGGAAGCAGUAAUUUUAUUCAGUCUCCCCUUCCAACACCAUCUUUGUUCCCACCAGCUAGUGGAAAAAAUCCUGUAAUGAUUUUAAAUGAGCUUCGUCCUGGCCUUAAAUACGACUUUGUCUCAGAGAGUGGUGAAAGUCAUGCCAAGAACUUUGUGAUGUCUGUAACUGUAGACAAUGAAACAUUUGAAGGAUCUGGAAGGAACAAGAAGCUUGCAAAGGCGAGAGCAGCACAGUCUGCCCUUGCAUCGCUUUUUAACAUGCACUUGGAUCAGACCCCAUCCAGACAGCCUAUUCCAAGUGAAGGCCUACAAUUACAUUUACCCCAGGUUCUGGCUGAUGCUGUUUCCCGCUUGGUUGUGGACAAAUUCAGUGACUUGACUGAUAAUUUUACAUCACCACAUGCACGUCGUAAAGUUCUUGCUGGAGUUGUCAUGACAACAGGAACAGAUGUUAAAGAUGCCCAAGUCAUAUGUGUUUCCACUGGAACUAAGUGUAUUAACGGGGAGUACAUGAGUGAUCGAGGCCUUGCUCUAAAUGAUUGCCAUGCUGAAAUUAUAUCUCGCAGGUCGCUAGUUCGAUUUCUCUACACACAGCUUGAGCUGUUUUUAAGCACCAAGGAAGACCAGCAAAGGUCUAUAUUUAUGAAGUCGGAACGUGGAGGAUUUAAGCUUAAGGAUAAUGUUCAGUUUCAUCUGUAUAUUAGUACAUCGCCCUGUGGAGACGCUCGUAUUUUCUCACCCCAUGAAGCUGGGCAGGAAGACCAAGGAGAUCGGCAUCCUAACCGGAAAGCAAGAGGGCAGCUUCGUACCAAAAUAGAAUCUGGAGAAGGCACCAUACCAGUUCGAUCAAGCAGUACCAUCCAGACAUGGGAUGGGGUUUUACAAGGAGAGAGAUUGCUUACAAUGUCCUGCAGUGACAAGUUAGCAAGGUGGAAUGUUGUAGGAAUCCAGGGAUCCCUGCUCAGUCUGUUUGUUGAACCAAUUUACCUGUCAAGUAUUAUCUUGGGUAGCCUAUAUCAUGGUGACCACCUGUCAAGGGCUGUCUACCAGCGGAUAUCGGAUAUAGAAGAUUUACCCCAUCUUUAUGCACUCAAUAAACCCUUAUUAAGUGGAAUAAGCAAUGCUGAAGCACGACAGCCUGGCAAAGCCCCCAGCUUCAGUGUGAACUGGGCAGUUGGAGACUCAGGCCUUGAAGUUAUUAAUGCUACUACAGGCAAAGAUGAAAUGGGGCGUGCAUCGCGCUUAUGCAAGCAUGCUCUGUACAGCCGAUGGAUGAGAAUUCAUGCUAAGUUGUCUUCCAGUGUGAGAUGUAAAAUCGGGAAACUUAACGUUUACCAUGAUACCAAACAUUCUGCGGUAGAAUACCAGUCUGCAAAAGAAUGUGUCUUCAAAGUCUUUCAGAAGUCAGGACUGGGAGCCUGGGUUAAAAAACCCAUAGAGCAGGACCAGUUUUCUCUAAAUGUUUAAUGCAAUGGACAAAGACCUCCUUUUUUUUUUGUAAUCUUUAAAUUGGCAGGGGUUAUCAACACUAGGUAAAACCAAGGUUUUUUUUUCUUCUCUAACGUGCCAAUCAUCUUCCAUAACCUUUGGACUCUGACUAAAUCAACUUUUUGAGAACAACAUUGCACAAGCAACUCUUUCCCAGGAGCUGGAACAUGUUUUAAUUUAUUCUGGGACGGUUUUUGUGGCUCUGGGCUGCCACCAUCUCCUCAAAGGAACUAUAACUCUGCUUGAUCUCUUCCUGCUGUAAAUUGUACCUGCAUUACAAUAGCUAUAAGGGGCUUUAUCAGUUGGCAGCUGAAUUGAAAUUUUAUGAGAUGUGAUCCAUACACACACACACACACACAUAUAUAUAUAUAUAUAAAUAUAUAUAUAGUUUUUUAUUAUUUUAUUUUUUUAAUAUUGAAGACCUAAUGAAAGCAUUGUCGCUAGUGGAUACACUGUUUUUAAAUGGAAAUCUUUGAUCAAUGUUUAUUUGUCUCACACUUGUUAGUUGAAGACGAAUCCACUGUUCACACUAAUGUAGCUAGCAAGAUGUGUAGGGUAAAUGAACUUGUCAUACCUUGCUUUACAUAGAGUUGUGUUUGGAGAAGUAGGCUUGCAAUCACACUCCUGCUCUCUUACUGAAGGGUUUAAACCAGCUGCUAAGCAUUAGUGUCCUCAAUGUCUAUUUAUUUGUGUGAUUCCAUUUUAAUAUGCAGCUUUUAUUCACUAGUUCUCAUUUAGGCGAGUUCGUUCUUUAUAGCAUUGCAAACUGGAACAAAAGUGCAUUUGUAUUUUUCUGAACUCAGAUGUAGACAUAGCUAUAAAAGAAAUCUAUUCAGAAUUAUAUUGUUUUGCCGAAUGUCCUUUGUAUAGUGUGAGAAUGAUAUUUACAGUGUUAUAGGCAGUGACUAACUAGCUCUGUAGCAAAUAACUAGUUCCAUAGAAAAGUAACGUGUGCACAUUCUCUACAAGUAGCAUCAACGGCAAAAGAAAAUCCGAUUAGGGUCUGGAAAGAAAAGGGUGUCACUGUAUGUAAUCUUAGUCUUGCAUACAAUAGUGUCCUUAUAUUAAGAUAUUAUAUUAAACUGUUUUGAGUGUUACAAACAUUCCGUUUAAAUGUUAGCUCUUAUUAGCAUGUCUUUACUUAAUGGGGAAAAAAACUUGUAAGUCUUACAACUCCAUUAGACCAGAUGUAUUACUCGUUUGAGAGAGGAAAGGAAAAGUGUCUAUGGUUUGCUUGAAAUAUAGUGAUUCUGCUAUAAGGCCAGUUCUUGUGAUGCAGUCUAGCAGAUAUUUGUCUGUCAAAAAAGGAUGUACACAGAACAUUCACAAUUUAUUCAAAAGUAUUGCUAUGAAUCCAUCAAAAUGUAUUAUACAGAGAAAAUUCUAUAUUAAUCCCAGUGGUUUUAGUAAUGGCUAUGGUAAUUCACUUAUGAGCAACACGUGCGUAAGGUAUGUAUUAAGGAAAAUCCUACCGUCUGUGCGCCCAUAUGCUUUGUCUCAAAUACAGAAUAAACUGUAUAAAGAUUGUAUCCAGAUUGGCAGGGAUUUAAGCGUGAAUAUAUAUUUUAUAAAAUGUUUGGUCUGCACUCUUCAGUUUACAAUUCUUCAUACUUUGUUUUUAUUUCAGUCUAUAGGAACCUUCUCAGAAUACGUCUGUGUGCCGCGGUUUUAUAGUUGUUGCUGUUUACAAAGUUUAACUUGGUUGUUGUUUCUAAAUGUCUGGAACAACAAUUUAGUGCCCGCUAAUGUUAAAAUGUGAUAUUUAAAGUGGAAACAACUGUAAUAGAACUCAUGUUUGUUUUACUGAAAUAUUAAGCUGAGAAUAAUGAACAAAUGAACAAACAAAAUCUGUGCUGACAUCGUUAUUGCAGGGCUGAAUUCUGGAGCCAAUUAACUGUAAAUAAAACAGUUAUUAGAAAUUG